AUGGCCACCCUGGUCCAAGAGCUCACCGAGGAUGGCGCCUACGACCUCGACGCGGACCCGGCGGUCGAGGGCGCGAACGAGGCGACGUGGCUCGACGCGGACAGCGUGUCGCCGGCGCUCGCGCGCGACAAGAAGCUGGCCUCGCGCGUGCAGGCGCUCGAGCGCGCCAUCGCUUCGCGCGGCGACGACGACGGCGGCGGGCCCGCGCGCGCCGCGGCGCUCCGGCGCGCGAUCCUGGCGCCGCCGCUCAGGCCGCUGCGGGCGGCGCUCGCCGACGCGACGCUCUCGAUCGCCGACGCGGCGCGGUUCCUCGCCGGCGCCGCCGCGACGCGCUGGCCGGCGGCGCUCGCCUGGUUCGCGGCGGGCGCCGACGCGGAGGACGACGACGACGACGACUGCGAGGCGCCGCGGUGCCUGCGCUGCGCCGCGGCGCUCCUCGCCGAGCACUGCCGCGCCGGACCCUUCGCCGCGGCCUUCGCGGGCGUGGGCGGCGCGGCGGCCAUCGAGCGGCUCCGCGCGCGGACCGACCUCGAGCGCGCCGUGGGCGACGACCUGGCCGCCGCCGCCGCCGCGCUCGCCGCGACGCUCGAGUUCGCGGCGCUCGAGGCGCGCUGCGACGCAGCCCUGGAGGCCAAGGGCGCCGCGGCCGCGCCGGAGCCCGAGGCGGCGCCCGAGCCGGUGGUCGCCGCGCCCGCGCUGGUGGUCGCUGCGGCGCCCGAGCCGGUCGCGGCGCCCGAGCCGGUGGGGGACCUCGCCGACCUGCUCCGCGCGGCCCGCCUGGACGAGUUCGAAGCGACCUUCGCCGCGGAGAAAGUCGGCGUUGAGGACCUCGUCGAGGCGCGCGAUGCCGGGGACCUCGGAGACCUCCUCGCGGACUGCGGUCUUAAAGCGGGUGAGCGCGCGCGCUUAAAGCGCGAGCUCGCGAAGCUGAGGCCGGUUUUGUAA